AUGAAUCGCUAUAACCCGAAAGAGCUCGUUCGGAAAUCUCAGGAAGCCAAAGAACAGGCGUAUUGCCCCUACAGCAAGUUCAGAGUUGGAGCAGCUGUCUUAACAAGCGAUGGAAAAGUGUUCACAGUCUACAGUACUGUUUUCUUAACAGGUUGUAACGUAGAGAACGCCAGCUAUCCUCUUGGACUGUGUGCUGAGAGGACUGCCAUCUCUAAAGCUGUGUCUGAGGGAUACACCGGCUUCAAAGCCAUCGCAAUUGCCAGCGACCUCAAGGAUAGCUUUAUUUCUCCAUGUGGAGCCUGCAGGCAGUUCAUGAGAGAGUUCGGCUCACAGUGGGAAGUUUAUAUGUCAAAAUCUGAUGGAUCUCACGAGCUGAUGACAGUGGAGGAGCUCCUGCCGCGUUCAUUUGGCCCUGAUGACCUGAAAAUCGGAAAAGACCCUGUUGGCAAUUCGAAAAUGUAA